AUGAGAAACAGCGCUGGGGCUCCUUACAAUUCCACGUCUCGUAAAUUGUGCGGCAGCUCCUGGAUGAGCAUCACGGAGCAUCUCGAUUACAUUCCAAAUAUGGGCUUCGAUGCUAUUUGGAUAUCGCCCAUCGUAGCGAACAUUGAUUACCAAACAUCCUAUGGAGAGACAUGCCAUGGAUAUUGGACCGAGAAUAUUUCAAGCUUGAAUCAUCACUUUGGCACGCCAGACGACUUGAGGAGCCUCUCUUCUGUCAUACAUGCUCGCGGCAUAUAUCUCAUGGUGGGCGUGGUCGUCAACCGCUUUGCAGGUAUUCCUUCUCAUAUGGGUACAAACAUUUCGAGUAUCAAUGAUUUCAACCUCUCUCCCUUUCCUUCGUCUUCCGAUUUCCAUCCGCUCUGUUGGAUCGAAGACUAUAGCAAUCAGACUCAAGCGGAGCAAUGUUGGUUGGGAGACAAGAUCCUUGCGUUGAUCGACCUCGACACUGAAGAUCCUAAGGUUGUUACCACAAUGAACGAUUGGAUUUCCUCAUUAGUCCAGGACUACCACAUCAAUGGUAUCCGCAUUGAUACCGUCAAGCACAUUCGAAAAGACUUUUGGCCAGGCUUCACCAAGGCGGUUGGAGUAUUUUCAAUUGGAGAGGUCUAUGAUAAAAACGUCAGCCUCGUAAAAGAUUACACAAAGAUCAUAGAUAGUGUUCUCGACUACCCCACAUUCUUCGCCCUCAUUGCCGAAUUUUCGUCUAUACAAGGCAACCUUUCUGCUCUCUUAGAUGUUGCAACUGCGUCCCAAGAGUCCUACAAGUACGGCACUUUCAUGACAGGCUCUUUUCUUGAAAACCACGACGUACCGAGAUUCCAGCCAAAAACUAGGGACCUUGCGCAAGGUUAUCAGGGCGCCGAAGACCCUGACAAUCGCGAAGCUCUUUGGCUGUCAGGAUACGCAACAGCGAAUAAGACCCUCGUGUCCCAUCAAUAUCUUUUCAAUAGCGGCUUUCUGACCACACCUAAAGCAACACAGCUAUCCAAGCCUCCUCUACUGACCCUGUUAACCAACGUUGGACAAUCGGCCAUAGUAACAUGGAAUACCACCGGAGUACUUAAUGCAAAUCAAGCAAUUGUUGACGUAUUGACGUGCAGCCAAUAUGUCGUGCCUUCCGAUGGGACCAUGACAAUGUCCAGCAGCGAUGGGUCGCCGAAGGUCUUGAUGCCGUCGACAGUUACCGGCCAGAUUUGUAUACAUGGAGAGAAUGUCAUCACGAAGAAACCGCACCGAUAUGGAAAUAAGGCACCACUGACAACCAAGGCCAAGUGGGAAACAUUUGGUAUCACACUUUUUCUCAUGCUCUUCGGUUGGGUCUUGUAA